ACUCAUAACAGAGGCAACAUCAAAUAAGAAAUUGGAGUUCACCGAAUAUUUGAUUUGAAAAUUGAAAUCAAAGACGCUUUUGGAAAAAAAAAUUGUAGUUAUGAUCAACUAAAUUCCUAUUGCACAUAUUCAUUGAAAAAUUCGUAAAAAAAAUAAAUAGUAAUGACCAUAGAAGCUGAACCACGUGGAAACAAUUCAGAAUCUCCUAUAAUAAUUGCUUGGAAGAACACCAAGGAUAAGACUGGCGGUUAUGCAAAAAUAACAAAGGAAGAUUAUUAUUCGGUGUUUCGUCUCAUCAAGAAAAUGUAACAUAUUCAAAUAUAACUAUAUGCUUUAUUAAUGUUGUUUAUUGUUGGGUGACUAAAAUUAUUUGACUUUUUAUUUUAGUUUUACGUUUGUAAAACAUUGAUGGGAAACUUUACAUGACACUCUUACAAAAUGUAGUUCCUAUAGUAAUUAAAUAAACAAAUUAUACUAUACAUCAUUAUCAAUUGACUAUUUUCCCUUACUAUGAAAAUGUAAAAUGGCAAGGGUAAGAAAUGUGUAUGUAACAAACGUGAACGUGGACUUCUUGUCCAGGCACAAGCUGAUUGCCUGGGUGAACAAAUAUCUGGAAACAGACUACAAAAAGGUAGAAGAAUUAUGUUCGGGAUCAGCUUACUGCCGACUAAUGGACAUACUGUUCCCUGAUUCAGUCCCCAUGAACAAAGUGAAGCUCUACACGGACGACAAGAAAGAUUACAUGCAGAACUUCAAGAUUCUGCAGUCGUGUUUCUUGAAGUUGUCAGUCAAUAAAACGGUGCCAAUCGAACGACUGAUAAGCGGAGGCUUCCGCGAGAACCACACGUUUUUGCAGUGGUUCAAGCUGUUCUUCGAUCUGAAUUAUAACGCAAUUAACCAGGUUUCCACACCGAAAUCCAGUCGGGUUGAAGAAGUCGGUGGUAGAUCUAAAGCAAAGUCUGCACGGCCCGCAACGUCUCGGCAAGCCAACAACAUCCAAACAUUGCACAAGCAAAUUUCUAAUCAGGAAGAGGUAAUUGAAGGACUGACUGUGGAAAGAGACUUUUACUUUGAGAAACUGAAGUCGAUUGAAGAUUUGUGUCGUCUUAAUGAAAAGGUACCUCUCACAAAGGAUAUUUUUAAGGUGUUGUACGCCUGCAAAGAAGGAUUCGCCAUUUACGACGACGUUGAUAGUUACAUGGAAGAAAUAAACCCUUGCCGCAAAAAUAAAAAUGCAUCUUGUAAACUGUAAUUAACAGAUAAUUUAUACACAUAUAUUUAUUAAUAUAUAAAUAUAUAAUUAAAAA